CACACUGAAUAAGUUGUUGUUGAAAAGACCGCGAAAAUAAAGUUUGAGUGGAAAUUGUUGGAUCAAUAAAGUGUUUAGGAUGUCUUUCAAAUUAAAUUUAUAUUAUCAGUACUGAGCAUUCAAAUACAUAGUAUGGCAUACAGCUCGAAUUUCGACGGUUUUAAUACAUUAGGUAGUGCUAAAUAUAGUACCACCCAUGUUAAGCAACCGGUGAAGUAUGCAAUACCCGGCCCCUUCACAAAGUCGAAGCUGCUGCAGGACUGCCCGGAAGCGGAUAUACGUGUACUCAAGGAAGCAGCCGCAAAAGUGGUUGCGCAGCCAGCAUCCGCUUUACUGCGCUCGCCAUUAUCCGCGAAGUGGUCGCAUAUUACAACGGGCUGUACAACGAUUGAUAAUUGCUUGCGCGGUGGUAUCGCAACGCGUGGCAUAACAGAGAUUUGUGGCGCAUCAGGUGUUGGGAAGACACAAUUGCUGCUACAAUUGUCUCUGACGGUGCAGCUGCCCAAGCAGCUGGGAGGCCUGGGUAAAGCAGUCGCCUUUAUUUGCACCGAAGACACCUUUCCUUCAAAGCGUCUCUUCCAGCUGGCGAAAGUGUUUGAGAAACGCUUCCCCGAUGUCCAAAUGAAUUACAUGGGAAAUAUUUACAUUGAACAUGUGCUAGAAGCGGAUGACCUACUUAAAUGUGUGGGAGUGCGUCUGGCAAAUUUAAUGGAAUCACUAAGCAUUGGCCUUAUUAUAAUUGAUUCAGUAGCAGCGAUUUUUCGUACGUACAACAACUACAUCAAGCGUGCGCGGGAUAUGCGAAAAUUGGCCAACAACCUGUUGCACUACGCCGACAAAUACAAUUGUGCGGUUAUUUGUGUGAAUCAAGUCGCCACGGUGAGCGAUGCGGCGAAAGAAACACCUUGCUUGGGUUUAGCUUGGGCGCAUUUAGGCCGUUCGCGCAUUAAACUCUCUAGAGUUCCGAAAGAAGUAAAAAUCAAUGGUGACUUAUUUACUGUGCGCCGAUUCGAAAUCGUAUACUCACCAGAGACACCAAACGAAGUAGCUGAGUUUUUGAUCACUACCGGCGGUGUAGUCGAUGUUCCUGUAUAGAAUAGAUACGCUUCACUUCAUUACGCUUAAAUUUCUAAAGUACACAUGUCAAUGUUUGUAUUUAACUAAUAUAUUUAUUUGCGUUCUUUUUAAUUUGUUUCCGCACAGUUAUUGUUAAGCUUACAAUGCUCGUGUUUUGUACAUUCAAUAAAUAGUUAAAGUUUGAAUAAUAUA